AUGUGUAGGAACUCCUCAGAAAUGAUUCCAUACAGUCCUCUGCACUCUUCUUUCCGCCUCCGACGGCCAUCAAAGCAUCACAGCUUUCGCGUUCACCGCCUAAUCAACAGGAGGAGAUCAAUUACAAAAGAAGCAAAAGAGAAGGAGAUGGAAAUCAAGAACCUGAAGUUGUACAUGGAGAAUAAGAGCAUAAUAGAAGAGAAUAACAAGUUGAGGAGAAAAGCACUUCUCCUUGUCCAAGAGAAUCAAGCUUUGUUUUCACAGCUCCAACAGAAAAUCUCAGACCAUGCAUGCAGUGCUACUAUGAAACAAGAUCACUAAAACAUAUUAUAUAUAGCUUAAUUUUGCAAUAGUAGUUAACAAGGAGUAGUAGGGGCCAUGGCUUCAUUUUGUUUUUUCAUCUCCUUGUUGGGGCCUUGGGGGAAAUCUAAUGUCUCAUCAUCUUUCCCUACCUCAGUUCGGCCUUUUUCUUCUUUCCAUCAAUUCUGGUUGGGCAAAAAUAAAAGGGAGCCAUUGACGA